AUGAGUCUCGCUGUUAGUGAGGCGGAGGCUCUGGCGGCUGCCCCGUCCCUCCCUCGCUCGGUGCCGCGCUGUGUCGGGGCAGUCGCUCCGCCCCGGCACCGCUCGGUGCUUUCUUCGCUGGGCUGCCCGGGCUGGCGAGAGCGUCCCCGCCGUGUGCCCGCUCCUGCCGACACCCCCUCGCUCUCACGGGGCCAUUCCCCGCCUCAGCUCGGCGGAGACAGAGAGCUCCCCGCUGCUCCUGCCUUAACCCGGGGCGGGGGGCACUCGCUUUCACAAGGACCUGCUGAUACUGUGUGUAUUGAGGGGAAGAAGAUGCUUCGUCGAUACGAGAUACAGAGCUGUUUUCUCUUGGGUUUUCUAGCUGUCACAGCUUUUUUCAUCAGUGAUGUCCAGGGCCAAGUGUCCCCGCCAACAAGACUAAGAUAUAAUGUAGUGAGUCCUGACAGUGUACAGAUCUCUUGGAAAGCCCCCAAAGGGCAAUUCACUGGAUAUAAACUUCUUGUCACUCCAAGUUCAGGUGGAAAAACAAAUCAAUUAAUUCUUCAAAAUACUGCAACCAAAGCAAUUAUUCAAGGUCUCAUUCCAGAUCAAAAUUAUGCCCUUCAGAUCAUUGCAUUCAAUGAAGACAAGGAGAGCAAGCCAGCCCAAGGCCAGUUCAGAAUUAAAGACAUAGAGAGAAGAAAAGACACAAGUAAAUCCAAGGUGAAGGAUCCAGAAAAAACAAAUGCGAGUAAACCAGCACCAGAAGGAAGCCUGUUUACCUGUAAAACUCCAGCAAUUGCAGAUAUUGUGAUACUAGUAGAUGGUUCUUGGAGUAUUGGCAGAUUCAAUUUCAGGCUUGUUCGACUGUUCUUGGAAAACCUGGUUUCUGCUUUCAAUGUGGGAUCUGAGAAAACAAGAGUAGGUCUUGCACAGUACAGUGGUGAUCCCCGAAUUGAAUGGCACUUGAAUGCCUAUGGCACCAAGGAUGCUGUUCUGGAUGCAGUCCGAAAUCUGCCGUAUAAGGGAGGGAAUACAUUAACAGGUCUCGCAUUAACGUACAUUUUGGAAAAUAGCUUUAAGCCUGAAGCAGGUGCAAGACCUGGAGUAUCUAAAAUUGGGAUACUGAUUACUGAUGGGAAAUCCCAAGAUGAUGUUAUCCCUCCUGCUAAAAACCUACGGGAUGCUGGCAUUGAGCUGUUUGCUAUUGGUGUAAAGAAUGCAGAUAUAAAUGAACUCAAAGAGAUUGCUUCUGAGCCUGACAGCACUCACGUCUACAAUGUGGCUGACUUUAACUUCAUGCAUACCAUUGUUGAAGGUCUUACCAGAACAGUGUGCUCACGAGUAGAGGAGCAGGAAAAGGAAAUCAAAGGAGCAAUUGCUUCUCUUGGGACUCCUUCGGAUUUGGUCACAUCAGAGGUAACAGCCAGAGGCUUCCGGGUUAGCUGGACCCAUGCACCAGGCAAAGUGGAAAAAUACAGGGUUGUGUACUACCCCACUCGAGGAGGACAGCCAGAAGAGGUUGUGGUAAAUGGGAGCGUAUCAACUGCAGUUCUGAAAAACCUGAUGUCUUUAACUGAGUACCAAAUUGCUGUAUUUGCUAUCUACUCCAACGCUGCGAGUGAGGGCCUCCGUGGAACAGAAACCACACUUGCCUUGCCAAUGGCGUCAGACCUGCAGCUCUACGAUGUGUCUCAGAGCAGCAUGAGGGUGAGGUGGAAUGGGGUCCUGGGUGCCACAGGGUACAUGAUCCUCUAUGCUCCCCUCACAGAAGGAUUGGCAGCAGAUGAGAAGGAGAUAAAAAUUGGCGAGACCUCCACAGAUCUUGAACUGGAUGGACUAUUGCCAAAUACAGAAUAUACAGUCACAGUUUAUGCCAUGUUUGGAGAAGAAGCUAGUGAUCCCCUUACAGGACAAGAAACUACAUUGCCUCUAAGUCCACCAGCAAACUUGAAAUUUUCUGAUGUUGGACAUAAUAGUGCUAAGCUAUCAUGGGAUCCUGCAUCCAAAAACGUAAAUGGCUAUCGCAUCAUGCAUGUUAAAACAGAUGGAACAGAAACCAAUGAGGUUGAAGUUGGUCGUGUUUCAACUCAUACUCUGAAAAGUUUGGCACCCCUUACAGAGUAUACUGUUGCUAUUUUCUCCCUGUAUGAUGAGGGACAAUCUGAGCCACUUACUGGCAGCUUUACCACAAAAAGAGUUCCAGCUCCCCUACAUUUGGAAAUUGAUGAAGCAUCAACAGAUAGUUUCAGGGUCAGCUGGAAGCCCACCUCAUCAGAUAUUGCUUUUUACAGAUUGGCAUGGAUUCCUUUGGAUGGGGGGGAAUCUGAGGAGGUUGUCAUAAAUGGAGAUGCAGACAGUCAUGUUAUAGAGGGUCUGUUGCCUGACACAGAAUAUGAAGUUUCUCUGCUGGCAGUUUUUGAUGAUAACAGUGAAAGUGAAGUUGUUGCUAUUCUUGGAGCUACAACUGCAAGUGCUACCACAGUGCCUUCUACGGUGACCACCACCAGUGCCACAACCUCUGAGCCCACCACAGCAGUUCUUCAAACAGGAGUCAGAAACCUUGUUAUAGAUGAUGAAACAACCUCAAGUCUGAGGGUGACAUGGGACAUUUCUGACUACAGUAUUCAGCAGUUCAGAGUGACCUACGUCGCUGCAGAAGGUGACCGUGCUGAGGAAGCGGUAAGAAUGGUAAUGGUGCCUGGCAGACAAAACACUCUUCUACUUCACCCUCUGCUGUCUGAUACAGAAUACAAAGUUACCAUAACCCCCAUCUAUUCAGAUGGGGAAGGAGUCAGUGUCUCAGCUCCUGGCAAAACGUUGCCCCUGUCUGCUCCUAGGAAUUUACGUGUCUCAGAUGAGUGGUACAACAGAUUACGUAUCAGCUGGGAUGCCCCACCUUCAACAACAAUGGGUUACAGGGUUGUCUACAAACCUGUCAGCACUCCUGGUCCUGCAUUGGAGACCUUUGUAGGGGAUGAUAUUAAUACCAUUCUGAUUCUAAAUCUCUUCAGUGGAACAGAGUACGGUGUUAAAGUAUUUGCUUCAUACUCAACAGGCUUCAGUGAUGCCCUAACAGGCGUGGCCAAAACCUUGUAUCUGGGUGUGACAAAUUUGGAGUCCUACCAAGUCCGCAUGACGAGUCUGUGUGCUCAGUGGCAGCUUCACAGACAUGCUACUGCUUACAGGGUAGUUAUAGAGUCACUCGAGGAUGGAAAAAAGCAAGAAGUAAAUCUUGGUGGAGGGACGCCUCGACAUUGUUUCUUUGAGCUGAUUCCUGGAACCAAAUAUAAAAUCAGUGUUCAUACACAGCUUCAGGAGCUGGAGGGCCCUGCUGUGAGCAUCAUGGAGACAACGUUACCUUUUCCUACUCAACCACCAACAACUCCUUCAACACCACCUCCACCACCUACAAUCCCACCUGCAAAAGAGGUGUGCAAGGCAGCCAAAGCUGAUCUGGCAUUCCUGGUGGAUGGGUCAUGGAGUAUCGGAGAUGACAAUUUCAAUAAGAUAAUUAACUUUCUUUAUAGCACUGUUGGAGCUUUGGAUAAGAUUGGUCCUGAUGGAACACAGGUGGCAAUAAUUCAGUUUAGUGAUGAUCCCAGGACAGAAUUUAAAUUGAAUGCGUACAAAACAAAAGAGACUCUUCUUGAAGCUAUUCAGCAAAUAGCCUACAAAGGAGGAAAUACAAAAACAGGCAAAGCCAUUAAACAUGCACGAGAAAUCUUAUUUACUGGAGAGGCAGGCAUGAGAAGGGGCAUUCCAAAGGUUUUGGUUGUCAUUACUGAUGGGCGAUCACAGGAUGAUGUGAACAAAGUCUCCAGAGAAAUGCAACUAGACGGUUUUACCUUUUUUGCUAUUGGAGUGGCUGAUGCUGACUAUUCAGAGUUAGUUAAUAUUGGCAGCAAGCCCAGUGAAAGACAUGUCUUCUUUGUGGAUGACUUUGAUGCCUUUACAAAGAUUGAAGAUGAGCUGAUCACUUUUGUUUGUGAAACUGCAUCAGCAACCUGCCCAUUGGUAGUUAAAGAUGGCAAUAAUUUUGCAGGAUUUAAAAUGAUGGAAAUGUUUGGUUUGGUUGAAAAGGAGUUUUCAGCUGUGGAGGGGGUUUCCAUGGAACCUGGUACAUUUAAUGUUUUUCCAUGUUACAGACUGCACAAGGACGCUCUGGUAUCCCAGCCUACCAAGUAUUUGCAUCCUGAAGGUCUCCCUUCUGAUUACACCAUUACAUUUCUCUUUCGGAUACUCCCGGACACACCUCAGGAGCCAUUUGCUCUGUGGGAGAUUUUAAAUGAAGCAUAUGAACCACUGGUUGGAGUUAUUUUAGAUAAUGGUGGAAAAACCCUGACUUUCUUUAACUACGACUAUAAAGGAGAUUUUCAAACUGUAACUUUUGAAGGUCCUGAAAUAAGGAAGAUCUUUUAUGGGAGUUUUCAUAAGUUGCAUGUUGUUAUUAGCAAGACCACGGCCAAGAUAAUUAUUGACUGCAAGGAAGUGGGUGAGAAGACCAUUAAUGCAGCAGGAAAUAUUAGUUCUGAUGGCAUAGAAGUGCUGGGGAGAAUGGUGAGAUCCAGGGGACCAAGAGACAAUUCUGCACCGCUGCAGUUACAGAUGUUUGACAUUAUUUGUGCUACCUCAUGGGCCAGUCGAGACAAAUGCUGUGAACUUCCUGGCUUGAGAGAUGAGGAAAAUUGUCCUGCCCUUCCUCAUGCUUGUUCCUGUUCAGAAGCCAAUAAGGGUCCCCUCGGACCUCCUGGACCACCGGGUGGUCCAGGUGUCAGAGGUGCCAAAGGUCAUCGUGGUGAUCCAGGUCCAAAGGGACCAGAUGGACCUCGAGGUGAAAUUGGUGUUCCUGGGCCACAAGGACCUCCAGGACCACAAGGACCCAGUGGACUUUCUAUUCAAGGGCUUCCAGGGCCACCAGGUGAAAAGGGAGAGAAGGGAGAUCUUGGUUUUCCAGGCCUGCAGGGUGUCCCAGGAGCAUCAGGUUCACCGGGAAGAGAUGGAGCUCAAGGUCAAAGGGGCUUUCCUGGCAAGGAUGGUCCCACAGGCCCACAAGGACCUCCUGGCCCAAUGGGCAUACCUGGUGCUCCAGGAGUUCCAGGUGUUACUGGAAGUCAGGGGCCACAAGGUGAUGUUGGAGCUCCUGGUCCUCCUGGAGCUAAGGGGGAAAGGGGUGAACGGGGUGAUCUCCAGUCCCAAGCAAUGGUCCGGGCUGUUGCUCGUCAAGUGUGUGAGCAGCUCAUCCAAGGUCAUAUGGCAAGAUAUAACUCGAUUCUGAACCAGAUUCCAAGCCAGUCUGUCUCAACACGAACCAUUGCAGGACCUCCUGGUGAGCCAGGGCGGCCAGGGGCUCCAGGGCCACAGGGUGAGCAAGGAUCACCAGGCAUGCAAGGGUUUCCAGGAAGCCCUGGUCAACCAGGAAGACCAGGAGAAAGAGGUUUACCAGGUGAGAAAGGAGAAAAAGGCAAUCCAGGUGUUGGAACACAAGGACCCCGAGGCCCACCAGGAUCCGCAGGACCUCCAGGAGAAAGUCGAACUGGCAGCCCGGGACCACCAGGAUCUCCAGGCCCACGAGGUCCUGCUGGUCAUACAGGAUCCCCAGGCUCACAGGGUCCUGCUGGGCCUCCAGGGUACUGUGACCCAUCCUCCUGCGCUGGGUAUGGCAUGGGAGGUGGAUACGGUGAGCCAACUGAUCAAGACAUCCCAGUAGUGCAGUUGCCACAUAACUCCUACCAAAUCUAUGACCCUGAGGACCUUUAUGAUGGUGAGCAACAGCCGUACGUAGUUCACGGGUCCUACCCCUUACCAUCCCCAUACUCCCAGUCCUAUCCAUCACCUCAUCUUGCUCAACCAGAGUUUACUCCUGUUCAAGAAGAGAUGGAAGCCGUUGAGCUGAGAUCCCCGGGAAUCAGUCGCUUCGCAAGGAGGAUAGCCAAAAGGAGUGCCAAGACCCCAGAACGCACAAAGGCAAAUGGAAAAAGCCCCUCUCAAUGA